CAGUUGACACUGAACUGAAAUCUUAUAUUUUGCAAAGACAAAUUUAUAGAUGACAACUUGACAAUUGACAAUUACUAUUGUUUAAUUGUUGUUUGUAAUCUUAUUUAAAAGUUAUCUUUAACAAUUUUAAGAUUAUUUGUCAAAAGGAAUUCAAAGUCCAAUUAUUUAAUGACUAUCAUUUCCAUUUAAAAAUGGUGCAGUCACAAUUUUCUCUCCUAUGGGAUUCAUACAAAUCCAAUAUUUGUUCUGGGUUUGCUAGUUUGCAGCAAAAUGGAGAACUUGUUGAUAUGACUUUGGCUGCUGAUGGGCAUUUUGUCAAAGUACAUCAAGUUUUAAUAGCUUUAUCAAGUUCUUAUUUGAAACAAUUAAUUCUUUCAGCACCAUGUCAACAUCCCGUCAUAUUUCUCAAUAACGUCUCUCAUACAACACUAUCUCUUAUAUUGGAAUAUAUAUAUACAGGAGAGGUCUUAGUACCCUCUGCAAAUUUGUCAGCUUUCAUUGAAGCAGCGAAAGCACUUCAUGUCAAGGGUUUAGAAACUGUGCUUGAAAGCAGUAAUAACAGUGGAGAAAAAGUUGAAGUGGAAGUUGAUGAUGCUAACAUAAGUGGUACAUGCAGUAUCAAGAGAGAAACUAAUGUCUCAAAAAAGAUAUCUUUGCCAGCCAAUGCGAGAAAAAUAUUUGUACGGCAUGAAAAUAUUUCAAAUUCAUCCACAAGUUCAAAGAAAACAUGGAAUGAAUGUAAUGUCAAUGAAGAAAUACCAAGUUAUUCCAUUGUUAUGGAUGACCAUAAUAAUGAUUCUGAUGACAAUGUUACUAAAAGUGGUGUGCAAUCAAACAAAAGUGAAAAGCCUAAAGUUACAUCAUCAAACUUACAAUUCACAGUGUCAAUUCGUGGUUCUUUACAAGUUAUAUUAAAUCGUUACAUAUACAAUCUUCAUUCAACACAAGCAACGGGAGUUCGUCGAUGGCGUUGUAUUGACUAUCGAAAUAAGAAGUGUUCCGCUUUUCUUGUCACUAAGGGCAACAUUGUCAUAAAUAGAGCAAAUCCACACAAUCAUUCAUUUCACGAUAAAAAGAUUCUCGAUAAAAUUGAAAAAAAUGCAGUUUAUUUAGCACUUGAUGAAGUUCAAACUUAUAUAGAUAAUGAGAAAUCUAAAGACCAUGACGAACCAAUGGAAAGUGAAUUUAUAUCUCUUGAAUUAAACGAGGGCUUAAAUAAUUAUUCAGAAGAGUGUAAAAUUUCGCAAUCUAUUACGACACUGCAUAAAAUGUCGCUCCCAAAUAAAAUGAUAUAUGUAACGUUUUUUGUUUUGUUAAUUACGAAAAUAAUUUUGUGCGAGUCUUCAUCUAGUGAAUACCUACCUAAUCAAAAGCAAUAUGAAAAAAAUCCAGCAAUAAAAAGACUACAGGAAUAUAUACAAAUUGACACAAGUGUUAAGGAAAAUGCGGAAUUAGCAGUGGAAUUUUGGAAGCGUCAAGCAGAAGAGUUGGGCUUACCUUAUGCCGUGUACCGACCGCUCGGAUUACCGAUAUUUGUUAUGACAUUAAGGGGACGCCAGCCGGAACUACCGAGUAUAAUGCUUAACUCACAUGCAGAUGUCGUGCCUGCCGGUGCUGACCUUUGGAUUCAUCCACCUUUUUCGGGUCAUGUUGACGCAAACGGUAACUUACAUGGACGCGGCUCGCAGGAUACCAAGGAUGUAGGUAUUCAAUACCUAGAGGCUGUAAGAAAACUAAUUCAAAAUAAUGUGACUCUAGACAGAACAGUGCAUAUCACUGUUAUGCCAGAUGAAGAAACCGGAGGUUUUAGGGGCAUGGUGCCGUUCGUUGAGACUGAAGAAUUUAAAUCUUUAAAUAUUGGUUUUGCUCUUGAUGAAGGAUUUACGUCUCAAGAUAAUACCAUGUAUGUUACAUAUCAAGAUAAACGGCCCUGGCAGAUAAAAUUCAUCAUCCGUGGAAAUGGUGGACACGGGUCUAUAGUAGCCAGUGGAAACGUGAUAGAAGGGUUACAAAGAUUUUUAAAUAUCGCUAUGGAGUACAGAAAUGAACAAAUGCAGAUACAAAAUUCCACGCAUGCCUUUGAUUUUGGAGCAUACAACUCAAUAAACGUCAACAUGAUUGAGAGUGGAGUUGCUCCUAAUGUUGUUCCAACUAACGUGACUGUUGUUAUGGAUAUGCGAUUAUCAGUCGAUGCGGAAGUAAAUGAUUUACAAGAUAUGCUUAAUUCAUGGAUGGCUGAACUUGGUGAUGAAUCUAGCAUUGAGUAUAUAAGACGGGUAGAGAAUUCUCCUGCGACAGCUGUCGAUGAAACUAAUCCAUACUGGAUGGCGAUGCGAGACACCAUAAAGGAAUUAGGCUUGACCGUGGUGCCAAUAGUGUGCCCUGCCACGUCUGAUAUGGUGGUAGUUCGAACUAAGGGCAUCCCAGCUCUGGGAUUUACUACCAAAACGAAUAUGAUUCCUAAGCUGCACGAUAUCGAUGAAUACAUUGCUUUGGAUCAAUUUUUAAAAGGCAUAGAUAUCUAUGAAGCUCUUUUAAAAAAACUGGGUAAUCUUGCCUAGGAUCGUUUACUAAGUGAAUAAAUAUAAUUGAAUCAAUGAUCAAUGAAUAUUUGUAUGAAAAAUUAAUAUGUUCUUAUAAUGUAUGUGUAAAAAUUAACUUAAUAAAGUAGCCAAUAUCUUUGUUAGAGAAAAAUAAAUGCUACCGUGCCUUUGAAAACAUUUUUUGAAAAUGUAUAGGCUACAACGUAAGUAUAUAUAUACGUAUAGGAAUCGUUGCAUUUUAGGAUUCUUGAUAUAAAAGGAAAAAAAGAAAUCUUUAAAUGAAAUGAAAUGUAAUUAAUAGAUUUAUUAUAUAACUUUUAAUUUAAUGUAAAUAUUGUGAUUCGUUGAUUCUCGACCAAAUUUACAGUUGUUCAAACAUUAUUUUUGGGCCAUAUUUUAACAAAAUGGCAGCCGUUCCGGGUAUCUGAGCAGUUGAAAAACUUAGUAUAGUCAGAAGAUCAUUUUAGAAGCUUAAAUAAUUUAAUGUUUUAAAAUAUUAACUCCAUCACUGGAGCACGUAGGAUAUAUAUAUAUUUAAAUUUGAAACUG